UUGUUUCCUAAAACCAAUAACUGCCAAAUUAAGCUCGUUUCUUAUUCAUUUUUCCUGUUAUAUCCCAAAAGGUGUAAACCCCUUUCCCAGGUAUCCAUGGCCACCACCCCCUACAAAGCAAAGCUCGAAAUCGAACUGCUCGCAUCCAUGAAAUUCGAGCUUCUCACUUUCCCAUUGUUUGGCGGGUUCUUGCCAAACCGGUCGAAAGGGGCCCGGCCCAGGUGCGUUGACCCGUUCGGCAAACCAGCUGUCCUUUUACCUCGUUUGGCUGGAAUGCUGCGAGCACCGUUGGCCGCCUGAUUGGAGAAAAUCAAUCCACAAUUGAGGCUGUGUUGCUGGAAAUGAAACGAAGAAUUAGAAGAACGAGGACUUUGAUGGCCAUGUCUCCUCUUGCUUGGGUUGGGGAAGGUCAAUGUUUUGCAACAAGUUCAUGGACAAUUGGUUCCCGCUUUCACACACUGAGGCCCAGCAAUGCCGCCCAAGGCCUGGCUGGAAGGACCCAACUUCACUGAAAAGGGCACGUACAGUGGUGAUUCAAAUCUUGUUGCCAAAAUCAGAAUGCCUAUAGUGACAGGCAAUCACAACCUCGACCUGAGGAUCUUAGAAGCCCGGAACUUUCCUGAUGUACCAGAGUCAUCUCAGCGUCUCUACCGUCCAAACAUGGUAGUUGAUUUCAGUGAAGUUGAACUUGCCCAGGCCCAAGCAGCCAACUCCAUGCUCACCAAUCCUGUUUGGAACCAACAUUUCAACAUUCCUUUAGGUCACCCGAUUUCGGAAUGUGCCAUCCGUGUGUGCUGUUGUGUUUGCCUGUGUUUCACCAGCAAUUUGCGUGGAAAAUUUCAGGAGUCAGCAUUACAAUUUAAGGUCACAGACACGGAGUCCAACGUGGUCGCCAUUGCCUCCGUUCCUGUAAGCAGACUCGUGUCUGCCGUCCCCAUGGACGAGUGGGUCCCAUUCACGAGCUCCCACUCUCUCUUCAACGGAUCAAUCAAGCUCUACAUAAAGUUUGUGCCCUUCACCACCAAUUCGGAGUACUUGAGGGGCAUUUCUGAGAAUUACGAGACUGGCAGGACCUACUUCCCCAUGCGCCGUGGGGGUUCCCUGACGCUGUACCAGGACGCACACGUAGGCCUGGGGACGCUUCCUGAGGUCCGGUUAGAUGGGGCCGGAAUCUUCCGGAAUGAGCAGUGCUGGCGGGACAUAUGCAGCGCAAUCCUUGACGCAAAACGGCUGAUCUACAUCAUGGGCUGGUCCAUCUACCACAAGGUGCGGCUUGUGAGGGAGGUCGAGUGGCCUGUGCAGGGUGGAAGAAAUUUGACGCUUGGGGAGUUGCUGCUUCGAAAGUCGCGCGAAGGAGUGAGAGUGUUACUGCUAGUCUGGAAAGACCUGACUUCAGUGAGGAAGUUUGGGAUCCAUAAGGAAGGAUUAAUGGAAACACAUGACAAAGAGACCAGGGAGUAUUUUAAGAAUUCUGCUGUCAUGUGUAUGCUAGCUCGUCGUCCUCCAUACUAUGGAUGCAAUCCGAGUAUAUUAUACUCUCACCAUCAGAAGUGUGUCAUUGUGGACACCCAAGACCAUGGCAACAGCCGGAAAAUAACGGCAUUUAUUGGUGGUCUGGACCUCUGCAAUGGGCGGUACGACACUCCUGAACACCGACUAUAUCAGGAUAUGGAGACUGUCUUUUCAGAUGAUCAUCAUAAUCCAUCGAUUAAGAAACAGAAGAAGGCCCCAAGGCAGCCAUGGCAUGAUCUGCAUUGUAAGAUUGAAGGCCCUGCUGCAAUUGACGUGCUCAGAAACUUUGAGCAGCGGUGGAGAAAGGUUAUUGAUGGGUCUAAGAUCAAACGUGUAUUCAAAAGAUCUAGAGGCGUGAGUCGUUACGAGGCUUUACUCGAGAUUGAAAGAGAUCCAUUCAUCAAUAUUCUUUCAAAACUGGUUCCAAAUGAUCCUGAACAAUGGCACAUACAGAUUUUUCGGUCCAUAGAUUCUGAUUCUGUAGACGGAUUUCCUACAAAUAUCCGUGGAGCUGAGGAACAGAACCUAGAAUGGACAAGAAAUGUUGCCAUAGACAAGAGCAUCCACAUGGCAUAUGUCCAGGCAAUAAGGUCUGCCCAGCAUUUCAUAUACAUCGAGAACCAAUACUUCAUUGGUUCAUCUUUCGCUUGGCCUUCCGACCAUAAAGAUGUUGGUGCUAACAAUCUAAUCCCAAUUGAGCUGACGCGGAAGAUAGCCAGUAAAAUUAGGGCAAAUGAGAGAUUCAGUGUUUACAUAGUCAUUCCGAUGUGGCCAGAGGGGAAGACAAAGUCGUGGUCGGUCCAGACAGUCCUUUUCUGGCAGUACAACACAAUUCGGACUAUGUAUAAUGUGGUCGCUCAAGAGAUAAAAGCUGCAGGCCUUGAGGGCACACACCCGACCGACUACCUGAAUUUCUAUUGCCUUGGCAACCGAGAAGUACCAAAUGUUGGGAGUCGAGCAUCAUCUAGCCGAAAUACGCAUGCAUCCGCAUCAGAAGAAUUCAAAAGGUUUAUGAUUUACGUGCACUCGAAGGCCAUGAUAGUUGAUGAUGCGUAUAUAUUAUUCGGUUCGGCAAACAUUAACCAACGCUCGAUGGCCGGCGACAGGGAUACUGAGAUCGACAUGGGUGCUUACCAGCCACAUCACACAUGGCCCAAGGAAAACAAGCAUCCUCAUGGCCAGAUAUAUGGAUACCGCAUGUCCCUUUGGUCAGAGCAUGUGGGAACCAUCGAGGAUUGCUUUGAAAAUCCUGAAACUAUGGAGUGCUUGAGUCAUGUUAAUCGCGUGGCUGAAGAUAAUUGGAAAAGAUACACAGAUCAGCCAUUCACUCCAUUACAAGGCCAUAUCUUGAAAUACCCAUUGGAGAUUGACUUUGAUGGAAACGUAAAACCAAUGCCGGGGCACGAGAACUUUCCAGACGUUGGUGGUGAGGUGAAAGGGCAUCCAAAUGGUGUACUUCCUUAUGCACUAACUAUUUAGUACUAUUGAACUGUAUUGUCCUGGACCUGUUGUUUAUUUUUUUUAGUAGCAUUAGAAGUACAUAUUGUAUAUUUGUUUUCUAGUGAUAGCUAUCUUCACUGCUGUAUAUUGUGUUAAGGUUGGGAUCUUCGAUCGUAGUUUAGAGUCGACACUAGUUGUGAACUUCCGCGGGAUAAACAGUGUAUAUUAGAAAAUUGUUUGGGCCAUAUAUGUCGUGAGAUAUAGCAAAGAAAGGGAAAAACCCACUUGCGCUCUUUAAUUGAGAGGUUGAUGUAAAAAGUGUCCAUUUUUUUCUAAUCUUUCCGCUGACUGAGCUAGUUGAUUGAGAGGUUGAUGUAAAAGUAUGCGGACUAGGAUAUUCAGAAUGCAAUGCAAAGAUAUAAGUUCAGUUAAUUUCUAUCAACAACAGUGUUAAUUUCUAUCAACAGCAAUUCACGGUUUGCUUCCGGC